AUGCGGCCUCAACUUGUCUUGUCUUCACUAGCCAGCGUCGCCGUGCUCGUCCCCGCCGCCUCCGCUGCUCGUUUCGAUUCGUACCCCGAAUACCGCCACGAAGCCUCCACCGCCGUGCCGACCAAGUCUGACCUCUUCCCUUUCCUGAAAAGAUUUCGAAACGGCGUCGUUGAAUUUGUUUUUGGCCCCCAUCCUGCCAAAGCCAGCCACCUGACAUCCCACGUCCGAACAAGCCUGCGGGACGAUCACGUCAACGAGGUUGUCUUGCGCUUCAACUUGACCACCUCGGAAGAAGAGACCGCGUUCGCCGCCGCAGCCGCUCGUACCUUUCUAGACAUAUGGGCCUUCAACCACGAAUUUGUCGAUGUUCGGAUUCGUCGAGACAACAUCCGAUCGCUGCUAGGGCUUCUGCCCGACUCUCUGAAUUCAGCUUACUCGACUUUGAUCACAGAUGUAUCUUCGGCCGUCUACGACAGUUAUCCGGCUGUGGAUUCCUCAGCUCAGGUCCACCGCAUUCCCGGCGGUCGCGCAAACCUCAAGCAUGCGCAAAGCGGGAACGAGAACUACUUUUUCCAAGAUUACCAGAGGCUUGACACGAUCAUCCAAUGGAUGCGAUUGACCGAAGCCAUGUUCCCGGCCAUCACCGAAGUCAUCACCAUCGGACAAUCUUCUGAACAACGAGACAUCCUUGGUCUCAAGGUUGGCAUGAAGACACGGGCACCAGGUACCGAAAGGAGGAAGACCGUCGUUGUAACAGGAGGAAUGCAUGCACGGGAGUGGAUUUCCACGACGACUGCCAACUAUGUCGCUUGGUCCUUCAUUACGGCCUUCGGCAGGGAGCCCAUGAUCACCAAGCUGCUGGAGCAUUUCGAUUUUGUCUUCAUCCCAGCAGUCAAUCCCGACGGCAUUGAAUAUACCUGGACUACAGACCGACUGUGGCGCAAGUCACGGCAGGAGACGGGCAUGUCGUGGUGCCACGGCUUCGACCUCGACCACGCCUUUGGCUAUGAAUGGGGCGACUACUCCGAAAAUGACCCUUGCUCUGAGAGUUAUGGCGGGAAACAGCCAUGGCAGGCAGCCGAAGCUAGAGCUGUGGCUACCUGGGCGAGAAACGCGUCUCUGCAGGAUACCGAGUUUAUUGGUCUCAUCGACCUGCACUCCUACUCCCAACAGAUCCUAUUCCCCUUUGCGUACUCCUGCGACGUGGACCCACCCAACGUUGAGAACCUCGAAGAGCUCGCAGCUGGGCUUGCCAAGGCCAUUCGUCUCUCUAAAGGAGAGUUAUACUCGGUAACAUCGGCGUGCGAAGGAGCAGUCGCGGGACGAGGCUCUGAACCUGGCGUCAAGCGUCUCGAGACAGGUGGUGGAUCGGCCAUUGACUGGUUUUACCACGAAUUACAUGCGCACUACAGCUACCAGAUCAAGCUGAGGGACACGGGCAGCUACGGCUUUCUCCUUCCCAGGGAGAACAUCAUCCCCGUCGGCGAAGAGAUAUUCAGUGCGAUGAAGUACUUUGGGGACUAUCUACUCGGCAACAACGGAAUUGAGAAGUCCGUGGGAGCCUUGACACACACAUCAGAUGAGUCGGAUCGCAGCUUGGAACUUCGACGGCUUAGAAAACGCAGGUAG